UUUGGGUUGCUCAGAAGACAGUGAUUGCCAUGAAGGUUCCUCCCUGGCCACGGCCGUGUCCUUUGUGGCAGCUCAGUGAGCACACUCACGCUCUCAUCAGUGGCAGACAAACCAGGACGACUUUAUUGCCAAUGUAAAUCAGAGAAGCUCUGCUGGCUUCUGAGGAGCACUGCAGAUUUAUGCCAGGAGCUGACCCGGCAUCUCUAUUUUCAAAACUAGGGCAGAUUGAAAUAUGCUGUUUUUCAAUAAUAUAUUCAGGUUAACAGGGCUUUUAUAUUUGGGCAAUUAAUCUUGCAUAGACUGAGAACCUCUUGGGACAACGUGCAAAGGUUGCUAAGAAGAAGAAAACACACACAGUUGUGUAACUCGGUUCUCCCAUGUCUUUUCUUUCAGGAAAACACAUUGCAGUGGUACAGCAGUGAUCUGAAACCCAGCAGUAAUACUAUUUUAAUAAUCAGAAGCAUACCAAGACAUAGUAUAGAAAUUAUUUUACUAAGAGGUAGUAUUACCUCAUCUUGUAUUACUGUAAAAUGAUUCAAACCAGAAAUAUUGAGACAUAAAUCUGUGGUAACAGAGGAAAACCAAUAUUGUGCUAGAGAAAGUCUUUCCUGUUUAUUGCAAGCCCGUUCCCUCCCGUGGCAUGUGCUCACACAGAAGGGGAGGCCUGGGGCACGCACACACGCUUGUCUUCGUGUGUCUGGGCACGAGCUCACACCAUAUUUAAAAUCACUCCGGGUCCCGGUCCCAGUCCCGAUCCCUGGUUGGUGCCACCAAAAACUCUUCCCAAACCUGAUCCUUGUCUUUCUGCACUCCCUCUCGCGGUCUCUUCUAUCUGCCCAGCAGCCCUACUGCCAUCUGCCAGUGUCUUCAACUUAAUCAUUACCUAAGAAACACCGUAAGAGAUGCUAUUCGGAAGUCCAGACAAGCGAGGUGUACCACAUCUUCUUGCUUAGGAAGCAGACGCCUGCCCAGGCAAUGGCAUCCAGCCUGCUGCGAUCCACUUUCAGCAAAUCUAUUACAUAUUAUCCCAUUUUUCCAGGUACCUCUAUGUCUUCACCUAUCCCUUUCUUUGCUCUAAAGCUCGAGUAGGACUGAUACAUGACUUUUAGGCCUGGAAUUGCCUCUGCUGGUUUUUUCCUCUUUGCAUUUGCUAUUCCCCAGUCACGCAGCAUCAUCCCCAGCUUCACAGAUUUACCGGGAUCCUUGUAAUUUGUCCCUUAGUUUUUAAUUCUUCAGCACAUUAGACUCUAAAAUAGCCUGGGAAUACAACUGCUAUAUGCCAAGCAAACCAGUCAUCAUGGCUCUGUGCUUAAGCCCAGGAAAGGAAAUACUACCGGCUAAAAACUGUUGAUCUGCUUGCUUUCUGACAAAGUUGCCAAAGCCUGGUGAAGGCAAUGCUACCCAGCGAUCUGCGUGAUGACUGCUUCAGCGGAGAAGUGGCUGACUGCAAUGGAAACCAUUCAGUCACAUAUAGUAGCUGCAUCACUGCACGACAGAAGUUUCCAAUCGCAAAUAGCAACAGACUCUGAAAGGCUAUGCAGGUGGCUACUGCUUGAUUAAUGUGUGCUGCAUCUGUUAUUUCAAAGUGGCAAUUACGCUAUAUAAACACACCACUGCAAUAGCAGGGCAUUGAUUUAUGCUAGCUGAAAAUCUGUGCCUUUACACUGUUUUUUUUCUUUCUUUCCCCUCCCACAAAAAAUAAUUUCCUUCUGAGCUCAAUAAAACAAAACAUCUCAUUGGUUCUAUGUUAUAACAGUAAUAUUGCAUUCUGCUAGGAACCAGCAAUCCUGCCUCUGGCCAUGAAAUUCAGGUAAUGACCCGUAACUGAAGUAAAUUAGUGUUUCAUUUCCCAUCCCUUGCAGACAGCUUACUAAUGGAAAUUGAUUUCUGGCUUUUUUCUUUUUCAUUUAACAUGCUUGUGUAAUGUCUUUAUUUUAGAUUCAAGUGAUUUCCAGUGAAUUUUAGCCAAAAGGCUAGUGUACAGGCGGCCACCGAAAGCAUCUGGUUAAUCAAUGUUGCGUUAAAGAGCGCAUGGGGGACUGGCAUAGCAGGGACAUCCUCAUACGUGCAGCCGGCUCCUUCUGUCCUGUGCUCACACUCACGGACACGCUCCGGGACAGAUCCUCAGAGGGAAUAAAUCAGCAGAGCUUGCAACCAUGUAACACGCACGGAAGUCGUACUGUUAUGGACCUGAUCCCUUAUGCACAAGCUCUUACACAAUUACCACAUUCAUUUAUACGUGACACACUUUAAUUUAUACUUUCGCACACCCAACACGCUCCCAGCCCGAUAAAAAGGUGCUUCUCUGUCCCAUGCAGCCACUCUCUGACCUACAGGCAAGAUGCGUGUCCUCAAACCAAGCCAAGAGCCUCAGAUGUCACAUCUCGGUGGCGUCGGGACCCAGAAGCCGGUGCUGUCCUCCGCACGGUUGCUCAACCACCCCCAAAUCCCCUGUAAUUCUUGCCGAACAUGGGCUCUCUUGUGUAAUCUGAUACAGCCACCAGCGAACGCACACACACCCUUUUUUCUGCUAUUUAGGUAAAACUCAGCUGACAAUUUCUUCAUUGUAUAGCAGCACCAGCAUUAGAGACAGAAGCUGGCCUUGGAUGUCCAACCCUUUUUCUUUGCAAGAGAGAGAAAGGCAGUAAGAGGCGCAGGCAAAAGGCUACUUCAAGCCACCAAGGAAGGAUGUGGGCUUAUACUGUUGGGUUUACUGUCCUGCCUCAUGUUGGAGGUUUCCUUGGCUGGUUCAUUAAUCGAAAAGCAAUACCUGUUUGGUAUGAGAAGCUGAAAAAACCUUCAUGGUGUCCACCCCGCAAAAUGUUCCCUGUUGCUUGGACUGUCCUCUACACUGGCAUGGGCUAUGCCUCCUACCUGAUAUGGAAUGACCUGGGUGGCUGCAGCAGCAAAGCUCUCGUCCCACUUGGCCUCUACGGGGCUCAGCUGGCCUUGAACUGGGCUUGGCCUCCCCUCUUCUUUGGUGCACGUAACCUGAAGAUGGCACUGAUUGACAUCCUGUGCUUGGACGUCCUGGCGAUAGGCACGAUGUGCUCCUGGUACCGCAUUAACAAGAUAGCAACGCUGCUGAUGGUGCCUUACCUGGGCUGGCUGGCCAUGGCGACUUGUCUCACAAUCCACAUCUGGAAGGACAACCCUGAGCAAAAACCAGGAAAGAGUGAAUAAGAGCGGGACAGAUAUGAAGGCAUUUUGUGAAACUAAACUAUGCUGAUGUGAACCAAGGUCUAAUAAUUUGGGGGAUUCAUUUUGGGACAGGCAUCAGAACAUGCCUCCUCGUCCCACGUUCAUCGUGGUUGUGUGAAAGAAAGGUUUGUACCAUGCGCUUGUGUGCUCCUUUGAAGUAACCAUGCAUCCUUAACCUGGGAACUAUUUUCUCCAGCACUGUUGAGAUUCGGGGGCUACAGCUGUAUGGUGACCUUAAUGCUAUGAGGUCAAAUUCCAUUAGCCAAAUUAGGAUCUCACGAUACCAGCAUAAUUCAGAGUAGCAAACCUGGACACCCUCGAAACCGCUACCAUUCCCCCAGAGAGCAGAACUUGUUCACACACGUGGUAAAUCCCAUCUCCUCUUCAGGGACCAAACAAAAAUGGCCUUCACUCAUGCACACCGAUUUUUAAGAACUUGAUUUUUUGCUAUUUGUGCUGUUGCUUCAUUUUCACAUAUCAGCUGGUUUGUGCUUUAUACCAUUAACUUUUUAUCUGUCAGCUACUGAGCAAGCAGUAGCCUUGUUCUGCUAGUGAAAGGAGACUGGGCACUUUGACUUCUAUUUGUGGAGUAUCACACUUCUUGAGUUUCAUGCUCCAAGAUAAAGCAGCAAUGAUUAGAAUGCAAAUGCUUCUCCCAAGGGGAAAUUUCUCUCUUCCACCUCUGUGUGCUAUUCCUCAUCAGAAAAGAAAAACUAACAUCAGUGCCUUUGAAAAAAAUAUUUUAAAUGGUUUUUUUAAGUACAGAAACACAAGAGCUUUUGUAAAAUUUAAGAACUUGCUCACACUGCCUUGAAGGUUGUAAUUACAUGAUUGGCAAAAAGCCCCAUGCCAAGUCUGUCAGGUGCAGUACAAUUAUCUCAUCCCAGUCUUUCCACUCCUGAAUAUUAUUGAUCAGGAAAGGUUAAAAUACAUGUAGUUCCAGAGAAAUGGGACCAAGCUGUGGCAGAAUCAGACACAAGAGGAGCAUGGACUAGCCCUUGUCCAUUCUUUAUUCUGGUCAUUGCCUUUGAUAGAUCUGAACCUUAGAUGUUGCUGUCUACAGAGAAUAUUUGCUAUUAUUUUUUAAUUGAUAGAAUGUGAAGAAAAGUGGUAAGUGGAUCUUCUUUCUGGCAGCUGCCUGUAGAUUAAGGUGCAUGGGUAUACUUGC